UCAAUUCACCAACUGAAUUCUGUCAUUUGACGUUUCGAUUUUGUUUCGGUGACAAAUGAGUUUUAUCAAACCAAGGAAUUUAUUUGUGAAUAAUUUUUCAAUCACCUCUGAGAGAAUUUCAGGGAGAGUUUUCAUUUUUUGGGAAGAAUUUCAGAUUCACUUUUGACUCCGGUUAUAUCGUUCAGUGAGAGAACUGAUAUGGCCGUAUUUAUGCUCAACGUCUGUAAAUUUAACAGUUGUGGAUUGACAUUCAAGAGUUUGGGACAUUUAAUUCAACACAUUGAAGAGACACAUAUCGAUUACGAUCCACUGGUGGUGGAGCAAUCCGAGCAGCAGCAGCCUGCAUGUAUACCUCUCAGCUAUGCCCUUCGUUUCUUGACGGACGCUACAAGGCAAGAGUUGCUAAAACCAAUCAAUCAAGGUCGAUCUAAUCAAACCACAGUUACCACUACGAAUCGCAACAAAAAUGUUACUCCAACAGGGAGCGAAGCUGAAGAAGGCGAGGAUCUUGUCAGUGAACCGGAGGACAGCAACGACUCGUGGACGACAUCGGAGGAGUUUUCAUCUGACUACAUACUACGCUAUGGCAGCAGGGUAAUCAGUCAGAGUGUGACAGCUCAGAAUAAUAAUUCCGACAAGCCGUUCGCUUGUCCGGUACCUGGAUGUAAAAAGAGAUACAAAAAUAUCAAUGGAAUUAAAUAUCACUCCAAGAAUGGACACAAAAAUGAUGGCAAGAUUCGUAAAGCCUUCAAAUGUUCAUGUGGAAAAAGCUACAAAACUCCGUAUGGUUUAAAGAACCAUGCAUCAAUCCUGCACAACGGUUGUACAGCUCUGCAAUUGAAGUCAUCGAUGGCUUCAACAAAAGGAACGAAAAUGGGUAAUGAUGGUGAGAAUACCGAAACCGUUGUCAUUAAAAUUCCAAAAGCCAAGAUAGCUGCAAUCGAGGAUCACGGGUAUAUAAAGUCCGAUCGCUCGAUGCUGACAGAAACGGAGAUCGAGUGUGAUAAUGAUCUUGGUAUUCUGACACCAGCAUCAACUCCACCAUUGCCAGUGCAGAGUCCGACGAAGAUCGAUCAACAGUUGCAGGUCCACUCCAGUGUAAAAACGCUUCAGAAAUAUCUGACGGCUGCGCCGUCUGCUAAUAACCCACGUCGAAACAUUAAAAACGAGUACUAGUCAAGAAAUGAACAAGAUUAAAUGAUAAUACUAUGUUCCAAGUUUGAAGAAUGAAAUUUCUUUAGGAAAAGCUAUGAACUGUGUCUCUUUCGUUGGGUAGACAAUGCAGUUGUUCACUGUUUAAUUAAUGCUGAUUUAUAAUUAUUUGACUCGAUAUUAUCUUCCUGACUUGCCAGCGAAAAAGUGCACUUAAAAUCUAUUUUAUCGGCUUCAAAGAGAGUUUACUUUCUGACUAUUCAAGUGACAAUUGAAAGAAUUAACGAAAUGAGAUACUCCACGAUGACAUUGGCAAAUUAAUAAAUAGUUAAUAAUUUGUUAUUACAUGGAUAAAAAAUAAUAUCGGUUACUGUAGCAAUUUUGUUACGAAACGAAUAAAAAUGCUGAAUGCAGAUAUGUGUGACUCGUUUUCUUAUUUUUAUCCAUUGAUUUUUUUUUCUCUCUCCUCUCGAGGAUGAGUGGAUUUAUAUAUUUUCUCUUUCUUCUUUUCUUUUUUAAAUAUACAUAAAUAUGGUCAACUAUAAUUAUGGAUGUUGUUUCUUUAUCGUUAAGAACUUUGUGAAGACGAAGAAUGUAUGAAGAGUGAAAAGGCUCUAGGGAUUUUCAAUGUUGAUAUCCUAGUCUAGUCUAAAAAAUUCAUUUACCUAAUACGAAAAAAAACCUAGGUACUAAAGCAGUUUUCUUCACUUCACUCGUUCCCUUCCCGAAGGAUAAUAUAUGAAAUGUCGUUAAUUGUUUUUUUAUGGGUUUCAUUUAAUCGCUUAAACGUACUAAUAUCAUUUUGUUUUUUCAAAUAAUUACAAGCAUCGUUACGUCCUUAUUUGUAGUUUUCUCAGCCGAGCAUAAGCGCGACUGAUAAAUCCAUCGAUUUGUUUUUUUUUGUCCAUUGUUUAUUCCUCAUAAAUAUUGUUACUAGUGUUCAUCGGUUUUUCUUCUUCUAUAUAUUUACCAUUGUCCCUCUUUCCAUAUUCAUUCACACGCAUUCAUUCUCUCCUCAUCAAUGAUCUCAUUCAAUGAUCUCAUUCAUAACUUUGCUUUAGUUGCACUCGUAUUUUUAAUCAUAUUAUUUUUCACAUCAUUUUACCAUUUUUUUUUUCCUGAUUUUCUUCAGUUUUGUUUUUCGUGUUAGCGAUCGUACGAUCAAUCUUGCCACGCAAGUCCGAUAUUGCGGUAUAUAUUAGAAAAAUAUGCUAUGCCUAAAAUAGGAUGAAGGCCUGAAGGCAACCGUCAAUAUUUUAUCUCUUCGUCGUGCCAAUUUAAAACUCGUGUGCGUUAUUUUUCUGCACGUUCAUUCUUCGUUAUUCUUCGUUCCUUAUUUAUUCAUUUUCAUUAGUUGACACUUUUCCCUCACAUAAUUGCCAGUAAUAGUUAAUUAUUAAUCAGUGAAAAAUACCAAGUGAACAUUUAAACGAGAAUGCUAAAUGUGAAAAAACAAUAGUAUAGCCCAGACUUGACACAUGUGGGUAAGUAAUUUGCCUGAGUGGACAAAGAAAAAUCCAGAAACCGUGAAUAAACGAAUGGGAAUAUUUAACGAUGAAAAACCGUGAGAGGGAUAAAUAUUCAGUGAGUACAGGAAGACAUUGAUGCACAUUAUUCCAUUGUUCAUACGAAUAAAAUCAUGUGAUAUACUGAUUAAAGAGAGUUAUUAUUCUGCGAUGAAAUUGUUCAAUUAGUCCAAGAAAAUAAUAUAUUCAAACGAAGUAUAUUGAAUAAACCGAUCGUUUCACCAGUCCAUAAAUAUCUUUCUUAUAUAAUAUAAUUUCAGUUUUUUUUUCACGUUUUGCAAAGUAUUCGUACAAAGUGGUUGAUUGGCAGCAAUUAUUUGAUGCAGCGGCGCUCUGUCACCAUUACUAGUAUUACCUAAAGCGAAUAAACAUGUAAAGCAACAACGAUUCUUUAUUAUUGUGUUCCUUUUAUUUUUUCUAUUCCUUUUAUUCAGAAAGCAAAAACCUCCGUCCACGAUCACGUGAGUUAUCAGGGGAGCUCGGGCAAAACCAAUCUUUAAUCCUCAAUCUGCUGACCCAACGAUACGAUUUCAAUGAAUUUUAUCUCAUUUCGAAGUUUGACUAAAUAUCUUGAGAUAUUGACCAUUGAAGGCGAUUGAUUUUCUCCACAUCCCUCUCCGCAAUUAACGUUUAAUGACGAAUGAUCAAAUAGUUUCUAUGCACAUUCCCCUAGGAGGCCAUAUCAGCAUUUCGUAUAUCCCUCCACACGAUUCUGUCCACGAGUGAAACAUCAAACGGUUCAUCAAUAUGAUGGAAUUUAUUCUACCUACGAAGUAAUUUAUUUAUUCAAUUUUUCUCCCAUUCAUUUUUCAGUAAUAUUAAAUUCGUGAUAAUAAACUAAAACGAGUCGAUGAAUUCGUUCAUUCCAACUCUUUAUUUCUUCAUUAUUUUGUUUAAUUUCCAUCUCUGCGAGGGUGUCAGUGACGAAGCCAAAUAUAUGCACGUCUGCAUUAAUAAUUUGUUAAACUCCUCUCAAAUUUCUGAUCGUGGGCGGGUCUUUGGGUAUUCCCCUGGCGAUAAAAUCGCGAUUACAAUUUGCCUCCAUUCGUCAUUGCUACAUAACCAAAGCUAGGAAAACAAAUGAAACAAAUUUGUUAAAUUAUUUUGACACUACUUGAAAAAAACACAGACGCCAGUCGAUCAAUGACGAGAGCUGGAUAUCCUCGGGGUGAAACAAAAAAAAAACUAAUAUAUUGCUAGCCGAGAUUAUCAAUUUCCGGUUAAGCAGUUCCACGAGGACAACGCUCAUCGCAUUGUGUCCAUUUGUUUGGCAAGCGAGGGCUCCGCAAAAUCAUCAAUCUUCAUCCCUUUCCUUUCAUCGAUAAUUGGAGAAGAAAAAUAAUGAGAACCCACGAAAUUCGCGCAACGUAAUGUCUCAAACAGCGUUAGAUUUUUUUUACGUUUCUUUUCUUUAAUAAGUAAUAAUGCUCGUUAUAUUCAUCGUGAAGAUUGGACAAUAAACACACAGUACUACUUUAUACUUCAUUGCAUUAUUUUUAUGAAUCAAUCGGCUAAUAUACUUAAUAAUUAUUAGACUACUCAUUAAACCUAGAAAUGUGAUCACCCAUCAACGUCAGUCAUCGCCUAAACAACACUCCCUUUUCUCAAUAUAUAUAGGAACAAAAAAAAAGAUAAUUAUUGAUAAAAAGA